AUGAAUCGCACGCUGGUCGAGUGUGCGCGUUGCAUGAUGGAACACGCUGGACUGGGAAAGAGCUACUGGGGUGAAGCAGUGAUGACGGCGAUGUUUCUUCGAAACCGCUGUCCAACACGUGCCAUUCACCAAGACAAGUCUCCAUAUCAAGUGUGGACGAUGAAGAAACCGAUUCUGGCCAACCUUAAAGUGUUUGGAUGCCACGCGUAUGUUCAAGUGCCUCAAGACAAACGCGCGAAGUUCGACUCCAAGUCAUCACUCUGUCGUUUCCUGGGAUACGCCGAACACCAGAAGUCAUAUCGAUUUGAGGAAGUGUCAACAGGAGCGAUCAAGAUCAGUCGCGAUGCCACAUUCAUGGAAGACAAGUUUGAUGAAGGUCCGCGCAACUACAACGAUGAGUCAAGUGUCGUUGAGUUUGAUGAUCAUGAUGAGGACGAAGAAAAAGAAGAAGGUAAAACUGACGACGACAUGGACUCGAGCGACGAUGACAACGAAGACACCAGGUCUUCGAAGAGCAACAUCAAGAGACACACGCGCACUCAAUCACUUGAGAAAGCUACCGUCAUUCCAAGUCCCAAGCGAAGAACAUACAGAGGUCCGUCGCUUGAGCAUGUGUCAGCGGCUGCAAUGGAUUUUGAAGCAGCCUACAUCGUUGAUUCAGUGGGGGAAACGCCGACUACAUUCAAGUCGGCGAUGGAAUCAAGCGACUCCGGCAAGUGGAAAGAAGCGUGUGACUCGGAGUUCGAUUCGCUUCAGAGAAACGACACGUGGGAAAUCGUGCCUCUUCCGAAAGGUCGCAAGGCCAUCGGGUGCCGAUGGGUUUUUCGUGUAAAGGAGAAUCAAGAUGGCGAAGUUGAACGUUUCAAGGCAAGACUUGUGGCCAAAGGAUUCUCACAGAAAUUCGGAGUUGACUAUGAAGAAACUUUCGCACCGGUGGCCAAGUUCACAUCGAUUCGUGUGGUGCUCAGUAUGGCGGCUAAGUACGGCCUAAUGCUACAUCAGAUGGACGUCAAGACAGCGUUUCUUAACGGCUCCCUCAACGAAGACAUCUACAUGGACCAGCCGGACGGAUACCUGGAUGCAACACAGCCGGACUAUAUGGGAUUCAAGAAGUGCGAAUCGGACCACUGCAUCUACAUCAAGCGAGACGACCAAGACAUGAUUCUCGUGGUGCUCUACGUCGAUGAUCUCAUCCUGGCCAGCAGCAACAACGAACUCCUCAAGUCAACCAAGAUGGCGCUGAGCAAACGCUUCGAAAUGACGGAUCUCGGUGAGCUCGAUUACUUUCUCGGCAUGGAGAUCAAGAACGACCGUAAGACGGGAAUGGUGACUGUACAACAAACCAAGUUUCUCAAGUCCGUGUUAACCAAGUUCGGAAUGGAUAACAGCAAGCCAGUGAAGACGCCUCAAGAUCCCGGCCAGAAGCUAACCAAGAACAUGUGUGAACAAGAAUGCAAGCACGAAGACACCAUGUGCAACGUGCCAUAUCGAAGUGCUGUCGGAGGCAUCAUGUAUCUCAUGGUCGCCACACGUCCGGAUCUAGCUGCUGCAGUGGGAUCAUUAUCCCAGUUCUCGUCCGACCCAUGCCCGACUCACUGGCAAGCUUUGAAGCGUGUGCUGAGAUACCUGCAAGCAACGCCCAAUCAUGGUCUUGAGUUUACACGUGAAGAAGGAAGCCGUAUCUGCGGGUACACCGACGCAGACUGGGCCGGCGACAUUGAGUCAAGACGAAGUACAAGCGGCUAUGUGUUCAUGAUGAGCGGAGGAUGCAUCAGCUGGAAAAGCCAGAAACAACGGACGGUCGCGCUAUCUUCAACAGAAGCAGAAUACAUGGCGCUUUCCGAAGCAACCAAAGAAGCAGUAUGGCUCAAAGUGCUUUUGGGGGAACUUGGUGAGAUGACAAGCGACGAAGCGAUCAAGAUGUAUGAAGACAACCAAGGAUCAAUCGCUCUCGCCAAGAACCCGGAGUUCCAUAAGAGAACAAAACACAUCGACAUACGCUACCAUUUUGUGCGUGAGAAGGUGGAAUCAGGUGAAGUCGUUUUGGAGUAUUGCCCGACUCAAGAUAUGCUGGCAGACAUGAUGACCAAGCCGAUCGCCGCUGUACAAUUUGAAAACAUUCGCGAUCGACUUGGGAUCCAAGGUGCCGCAGCUAACGAGUCGAGAGGGAGUGUUGAAAAGACAGCGGCUGUGAAGAAGACACCUCGUCAAGCUGCGUCAAGUGUUGAAGCAAGUGGAAGACCAAGCUUCGCUAUACCGGUGGGUACCGGUAUGUACCAGUAA